CUGGUUUUGAGGUUGGUUUUUUUGGGGCGGGGCUUCGGAAAAUUUGAUUUUUAAUCGAAAUUUCAAGAAAUAUUGAUGAAAAAUUCCAAUUUUUAUCAGAAAAAUUCGAAAAAUUGACAUUUUUUGACCUAAAAAUCCUCAAAAAUUCCAAAUUUUCAGUCGAAAAAUGUCUACCACUGCUGAUUUCGGAACCUGGAAAAUCGGAGCAAUUCAACCGGAUUUAUUUUCAAAGUGCAAUUGUAAAAGUAUUUGUGAGGCUCAAGUUGUUGAAGGUAUAAAAUUUGCAAAAUUUGCGCCAGCAAGCUCACCCUUGACGCAAUUUUUGUAGCUUUCAAAGGCUGAUUUUCACGCUACAAAAUUUGCGCCAACAAACUCACCCUUGGCGCAAUUUUUGUAGCUCCAAAAGGGUCUUUUUCAAGCUACAAAAUUCACGUCAGCAAGAUUUUCAUUGACGCAAUUUCUGUAGCUUUGAAAAGCUUAUUUUCACGCUACAAAAUUCACGUCAGCAAGAUUUUCAUUGACGUGAUUUUUGUAGCUACAAAAUUCACGUCAGCAAGCUCUUCAUUGACGCAUUUUUUCCAGACACCGUCUUCUGGACCGAACAAAACGCGUCAACCGGAAAACGUGAGCUCUACUCAAAAAAACACAUCCACCACCAGCCCGGAAAUAUUGAGAUGGGCGGCCGGAAAAAGUGUUCAAACGUCACUCCACGAGUACGGUGGCGGCGCAUUGCAUGCGCUGAAAAAUGGUGUGAUUUUUGCCACCAAUGAUGGAUUAUAUCAUCAGAAGGUGCAAAAUGAGGAGCCUGAGUUGAUUUUAUCGACGAAUGAGGGGAAGAAUCGGUGAGAUUUGAGAAAAACUACGAUGCUCCGCGUUGACACCUUCAAAAAAUACGAAAAAUUCGCGUUUUUCUACUUUAAGAUAUGUUUCAAACGAUGCUCCGCAAUUACGCUAUUCAAAAAACACGAAAAACAAUGAAUUUUGACGAUUUUUGGUGGCGUAAACGCGGAGCAUCGUAGUUUCCAUGAUUUUCAAGCGAAUUUAGGAAAAACUACGAUGCUCCGCGUUGACACCUUAAAAAAACGCGUUUUUCUAGUUUAAGAUAUGUUUCAAACGAUGCUCCGCAAUUACACCAUCAAAAUAUCUUUGAAAACCUAUCAAUUUGAAUGUUUUUGGAUGGCGUAAACCCGGAGCUUCGUAGUUUUUUCUAUUCCAAACGAUUCUCCGCGUUUACACCUUGAAAGUCACCAAAUCUUGACCUAAAGCCUUGAUUUUUGAGGGUGUAAACGCGGAGCAUCGUAGUUUUCCUCAUUUCAAACGAUGCUACGCGUUUACAACUUGAAAGCCAUCAAAUCUUGACCUAAAACUUUGAUUUUUGAUGGUGUAAACGCGGAGCCUCGUAGUGUUCCUCAUUUCAAACGAUGCUCCGCAUGAACACCUUGAAAAUUGCGAGGGAAAUUCAAAUUUUCCUGUUCAGAUUCGGCGAUUGCUCCUCCACCUCCACCCACAUUUUUGCGGUCAACGAAAAUCACGAAACCGCCCGAAAAUUUCCCGAAAAUCGCCUGAUUUCAAUCGAUAAACAGACGAAAGAAGUGAAAAUAAUUGCGAGCGGCGCCGAUUUUUAUGCCUAUCCGAGAAUUUCGCCAAAUGGAAAGAGAAUGGUGUGGAUGCAGUGGAAUCAUCCGAAUAUGGUGAGCUAUGACGUGGCAAUUUUUUUUUGAGAAUUUUUUUCCCUCGAAAAAAUAGGUUUCAAAAUUUUGCAGCCUUGGGACGAAACUUCGAUUUGUCUAGCUGAUAUCGAUGAAAAUGGACAAUCUUCGAAUCAAAAAAUUCUGAGAUCUGGAGAAGGAAAAAAGGUAGGAUUCAAGAUUUUCGGAGAAAAAAUUGGGCUGAAAAUUUGAAAUUUGAAAUUUUUUAGUCAAAAAAAUUUGAGAAAAACUAUAAUUUCUCCAAAUUUCAUUAGAAUUUGGGCUGAAAAUUCAAAUUUUCCGGGGAAAAAGUUAAUCUGAGCAAUGCUCCAAACUGAAAAUUUGAAUUUUCUAAUAUGAGCAAUGCAAAUUUUCUACCAGAAACUAUUAGCUGAGCAAUUCAUCUUGAAUUAAAAAAAAAUUUUAAUUUUCAGUCAAGAAUUUAAUAUGAGCAAUGCUGCAAACUGAAAAUUUGAAUUUUUUAAUAUGAGCAAUGCCUUUUCUCUGUAAAAUCUGAAAAAAAAUGAAAUUUGAAUUUUUUACCAGAAACUAUAAGCUGAGCAAUUCAUCUUAAAUUCAAAAAAAUUCAAAUUUUUAGUCAGGAAUUUAAUAUGAGCAAUGCUUCUCAUUUGCUCAAUUUUCAUCAGAAUUUGAGCUGAAAAUUCGAAUUUUCAGUCAGUAAUUUAAUCUGAGCAAUGCUUGAAAAUUCCAAAUUUAAAAAUUUUGAAAAAAAUGUUCAAAAAACUCACAUUUUCCGGGGAAAAAAGUUAAUCUGAGCAAUGCUUCAAACUGAAAAUUUUAAUUUUUCUAAUAUGAGCAAUGCAAAUUUUCUACCAGAAACUAUAAGAUGAGCAAUUCAUCUUGAAUUUAAAAAAAAAUUUAAAUUUUCAGUCAAGAAUUCAAUCUGAGCAAUGCUUUUUAUUUUUUCGAAUUUCAUCAGAAUUUGGUCUGAAAAUUUAAAAAUUUAGUAAAAAACUAUAAUCUGAGCAAUGCUUCACGAGCCCGAAUUUGAGCUGAAAAUUCAAAUUUUUAGUCAAAAAUUUAAUCUGAGCAAUCCUAUUUUUUUGCAGAUAAAUUACACUGAGCCAAGUUGGCUCACUGAUUCCAAAAUUCUUUUCGUAAAUGAUUCAACCAAUUUCUGGAAUGUUUAUGAAUUGGAUGUUGAAUCUGAAAAUGGAUCUGAAACCGAAAAAAAUCUGCUGAAAAUCGACCAGGAAAUCGGAUAUCCACUUUGGCAACUUGGAUUCAGAAAUUAUGCACAAUCUGCGAAUAUUUUGGUAAUAAAAACUACGAAACUCCGCGUUUACGAGCAAUUUUCAAACGAAACUCCACAAUUACGCUAUCAUUUUUGCAGGCUCUCAACGUGAAUGGUGAAAUUCAAAUAAUCCGCCGCCAAAAUCAAUCAAUAACUACAGUACCCACUGCAGGGUAUACGGUAUUUUCGAAUUUAUCGAUUAAUUCGGACGACGAAUUGUUCGCAAUCGCUUCGGGACCCAAAAAAGCGUCGAGUUUGAUUAGUAUUGAUUUGAGAGGAGGGGAUACGGUAAGGGAUUUACGAUGCUCCGGGUUUACGGUAUCAAAAUUGGGGAUUGUAAACGCGGAGCAUCGUUUGAAAAUUGAAAAAAUCAUGAUUUAAUCUAUUUUAAUGGAAAAACUACGAUGCUCCGGGUUUACGGUAUCAAAAUUGGGGAUUGUAAACGCGGAGCAUCGUUUGAAAAUUGAAAAAAUCAUGAUUUAAUCUAUUUUAAUGGAAAAACUACGAUGCUCCGGGUUUACGGUAUCAAAAUUGGGGAUUGUAAACGCGGAGCAUCGUUUGAAAAUUGAAAAAAUCAUGAUUUAAUCUAUUUUAAUGGAAAAACUACGAUGCUCCGGGUUUACGGUAUCAAAAUUGGGGAUUGUAAACGCGGAGCAUCGUUUGAAAAUUGAAAAAAUCAUGAUUUAAUCUAUUUUAAUGGAAAAACUACGAUGCUCCGGGUUUACGGUAUCAAAAUUGGGGAUUGUAAACGCGGAGCAUCGUUUGAAAAUUGAAAAAUCAUGAUUUAAUCUAUUUUAAUGGAAAAACUACGAUGCUCCGGGUUUACGGUAUCAAAAUUGGGGAUUGUAAACGCGGAGCAUCGUUUGAAAAUUGAAAAAAUCAUGAUUUAAUCUAUUUUAAUGGAAAAACUACGAUGCUCCGGGUUUACGGUAUCAAAAAUAGGUGGAUUUGGAAAGUGUAAUCGCGGAGCAUCGUUUGAAAAUUGAAAAAAAGUGAUUUUUUCAAUUUUAAUGGAAAAACUACGAUGCUCCGCAUUUACACCUCUGAAAUUCGUGGGAAAAUCAGCAUUUUAGAGUUGUAAUUGCGGAGCAUCGUUUGAAAAUUGAAAAAAAAAGUGAUUUUUUCAAUUUUAAUGGAAAAACUACGAUGCUCCGCAUUUACACCUCUGAAAUUCGUGGGAAAAUCAGCAUUUUAGAGGUGUAAUUGCGGAGCAUCGUUUAAAAACGUGGGAAAAUAAGAUAAACAACGAUACUCCGCAUUUACGCCAUCAAAAAUGAAUUUAUUUGGAGGUGUAAUUGCGGAGCAUCGUUUGAAAAUUUAAAAAAUCAUUUUUUUUCCAGAAUUUCCCCAUCCGAAUCCAUCGUGAAUCGCGCGAUUCAUCGGAAAUCGAUCAACUCGAAAUCUCCGAACCCGAACUAUUCCGAUUUGUCUCCGAUGGAAUCGAAGUGUCCGGUCACUUCUAUCCGCCAACAAACUCCAAUUAUUCCCCGCCAAAAUCCGGCCAACUUCCCCCAGUUUUAUUAAUGGGACAUGGCGGACCGACGGCGCCGGCACAAACCAGUUUGGAUUUGAAAAAACAAUUUUUCACGUCGCGCGGAAUCGCCGUUUUUGAUGUCAAUUAUCGAGGUUCGACUGGGUUUGGAAGCGAAUUUAGGAGAAUGUGAGGAUUUUUUUUCGGUUUUUUAAACGAUGCUCCGCAAUUACGUCAUCAUAAAAUCUCCGAAGGCCUAUUAAUUUGAAUGAUUUUUGGAUGGCGUUAACGUGGAGCAUCGUAGUUUCUAUGAUCUCCAAGACAAUUUGAGAAAAACUACGAUGCUCCGCAAUUACGCCAUCAAAAAAUCUUCAAAAGCCUAUCAAUUUGAAUGUUUUUUGCUGGCGUAAAAGCGGAGCAUCGUAGUUUCCACGAUCCCCAAGCGAAUUCAGGAAAAACUACGAUGCUCCGUGUUGACACCUUCAAAAAAAAUACGAAAAACAAUGAAUUUCGACGAUUUUUGCUGGCGUAAACGUGGAGCAUCGUAGUUUUUCAAUAAUUUUUUUGUUCCAGGCUCUACAAAAACUAUGGAAUUGUGGACAGAAAUGACAUUUUGAAUGGAGCCCGUGCACUUAUCGAAAAUGGAAAAGUCGACGCGGAAAAAGUGAUAAUGACCGGCUCAUCUUCGGGCGGAUUUUUGAUUUUGAGUUGUCUGAUCUCACCGGAUAAUAUUAUCAAAGCUGCCGCUUCGCUUUAUGGAGUUGCUGAUUUAUUGGGUUGGUAAUUAAUUAGUUAAUUAAUUAAUUCAAAUUUUCAGCCCUGGAUGAAGAUACACAUAAAUUCGAGCAAAGUUACAACGAAUUAUUGGUCGGAAAAAUGCCCGAAGAAGCCCAAAUCUACUCCCAACGCAAUCCCAUCAACCACAUUUCCAAAAUCUCAACACCAAUCGCAUUUCUACACGGAAAAGAGGAUACUGUAGUUCCGGUCGAACAAUCGAUUGAGAUGUUUGAGAAGAUCAGGAAAAAUGGAAUAAUGACCGCGUUGGAAUUGUAUGAUGGAGAGGGACAUGGAUUUAGAAGUGGAAAGGUUAUUCGGGAAAGUACUGAGGCGGUUUUCUAUUUUUUGAUGAAAGCGAUUGGAAUUGAUCCGGGAUAUGAAUCGCAGUUGAAAAUUGUUAAUCCAAGGGAAUGA